GAGGUGACCUGCAGCUAUGGCAGCACCUGCAUCCAGUCAUCAGACGCCUUGUCGGCCAAGUGCAUGUGCCCGCUGAGCUGUGACGGCAAGCCCGAGCAGGUGGUGUGUGGCACUGACGGCCAAGACUACCGCAACGAGUGCGAGCUCUACAAGCAAGCCUGCCACACCCAGAAGAACUUCCGCCUGCAGCACCAGGGAUACUGCAGUGAGUCCCCUCAUAUACUUCUCCUCUACCCUCCCUCUCCCUCCUUUCUUUUGUUCUUUUUUAUUUAUUUUAUUUUUAUUUUUAUUUCGCUCUCUCUUUACAUCCAUCUGGAGUUUCAUUGUCUUCUGUCUCUCUGACAUCAUUUUACUAGUUUUCAAAUUCAUAGCUUUUUUUUCUUAUUGCAAACUCUUCCCGCAUUGUGGAUUAUUCACUGUUGACAAACAAAGCCACUUGUUUUUAGAGCUGGCCAGUUCGAGACUGUUGUUUUGUCUCACCCGCUGUUUGUUUUGUUUGUUUUCUCCUGUGGACGUCUGACUUUGAGAAAUUUGCGCUGAGGGAAAGAGCCAGAUAGAGCUAACCAGACAAACUAACGUCCCAAAAGUGAGGAGACCCUGAGAGGCUACAAAAUGGAAGGGAGAUGGAUUCUCAGGCCCCCAGAGGACGGCUCUAAUAUAUAUCUAACCCAAGCCGGUGAGACCAGGCUCCAUGUUGCCUUACCCCCAGGGGGAGGCCUGGGUUCUCAGGAGAGCUGGCCCGGCGGGCCCCUAAAUCUUCCUGAGCGAUUCUGUCCAAGCUUUGGCUGUCUCAACUGGCUUGCCAGCGCCAGACAAAUGGUGAUGAUUUAUAUAUACAGCUGGGGCUAGGCUAGCCAGCGCCUCCACUGUCUGUCUGUAUGUCUAAUUACCUCAUCAGGGGCGGGUGGGGGGCUCGACUGCAGAGUGCAGGAAUUCUGGAAGCCGUUCUGGUGUGUUAAUGGGAGGUAAUGGUUUUUGCAAAUGGGAUAAUAGCUGGACUUGUGUUGCAUCAUUGCUUUUCUGGCGUCAGGUGUUUUUGCAUUACGAUAAAAACCCAGAGUUGGGACCGGUCCCACGCUUUAUAUCCUCCUGUGUUAGCGAUUCCAUUGUGAUAAUAUACACAAUCCCUACAAUCCCUGACCUUGGCGCUGUGUUGCUGCCGUUGGCUCUGUUGUUGUCCUGCCUGCCCAGCCCGGGCUGUGGAAGCCAAGCUACCGUUGUCGCUCUUGUGUUCCUGUUGUCGCUCUUUGUUUCUCGAGCCAGGGUCUUUUCUUUCCCUUUCUCUCUCUCUCUCUCUCUCUCUCUCUGCCCGUUUGGUCUCAUCCUCCUCUGUGAUGUUUCGAAUGACUUGCUCACAGCUUGGCAGUGUUUGAAUGCGGCGCAGAGGUACAUAAAUACUUUGUGUCCCCUUGCUCUAUAGAAGACAGUGUAGAGAGCUGAGACGAAGCUGGAGCUGCGAGCAGCUCCUAUUUCAAUAAGCAUCUCCCCAGUUCCAUUAUGAUUACAGCUGAUAUGGCCACCAGCGCCAGCCGCCAGCCUGUCGACCUCUUAGAUCCAUGGGCUUCUUGGCUUUCCACUCUGCCUUUCCAGGGCAACCUGUGUUGAUAGCAGGCCUAUCUCUGGCAUAUCCCUGGUGAUGGAUAACCAUGUCCUACCACUAACCUCUCUCUCUCUCUCGCUCUCUUUCUCUCUCUCCCCUGUUUAUAGACCCCUGCAAAGACAGCGAGAACAGUCUGAACGUGGCGUGCCGGGUGGAGCCACGUACCCGCCAGCCCCUGACCUUUGCCCCGCCAGAGUCCUGCCCACCCGUCAAUGAGCCACUGUGUGCCAGCGACGGCCAGACGUACGGGAGCGAGUGCCAUAUGACGAGGACGGGCAUGCAAAAGGGCAUUGAACUCAGGAAGAUCCACCCGGGCCGCUGCAAGAAACAAGGUGAGCCGGCACGUUCAUGCACGCACACACGCACUGCACUGCCUUGACCGAUAGAUAACUUACCAUGUCCUUUACGGGCUGUGUUGUGUUACAUGCAUGACACCAGAUGGUUUGCUUGAUAAGAGCUCGCAAAGGCUUAUCUGGGCUAUCUGCACUGUCAGGUUCACUGCACUGUCAGGUUUACAGUAGAUGAUACCGAUCUGAAGAAAUCCAAUGUUCCUGUUGUGUGAUAGGGGCUUCAGUAGGCCACCACCACUGUGUCUGUAGCUUUUCUACUCUCACCUCAUCUCCACACAUCUGAGACUCCCCAUAGAGUUAAAGACAGAGGCUCUUGGUGUGAUGCACUCUACUACAGACAAUUGUGGUUUUGCGCUCUCAAAUAAUGAUCCCUUUCUGCUCUGCAACACACAACUCUCUUUUGUUAGCAAUAUCUUGUAGUCAAGUUUGAGUAGAGAUAAAGGCCGCUAAUAUGUGGAUACAUAUGGGACUUCAACUUCUCAGUAGAAGCCUUAGUACUGUGUGUGCUUGUGAGUUGAUUUAGUUCUGGAUCGAGUUAACAGGAACCCAUUCUCUAUCUGCCUUUUACUGAAGUGAAAUAGAUAGGCAUAAUACUUUUUUGUUUUCUCACUUUUUUUAAAUAUCAACGAUUUAAUUUGAAAUGCAGAUCUAUGAAAUCAGGUUCUUUAUUUGCGAACGAUGGUUCAUCUUGUACAAUUACAUCAUACAGUACGUCCCUCUAAUGUUCUACACCCAGAUAAGGCAGCUCCGUAAUUAAGUUGCAGCAUAGCAUGACCACUUUACAGGAAAGAGAAAGGAAUUGUUCCAAAUUGAAUUACUGUACAAAUUUGAUCCAGUGAUAGAGAACAUAAUGAAUUUGAAGCUCUGAACAUGCCUCAACGUUCUCGAGAGAACGUUUUAUAGAUGAUUGCCUCGAUUCGUCGACUGAUUUGCUGCGUCACAUGUCCAUUAUUACAAUGUCUCAACACACUUUACAGAGGAAAAUUAAACAUUAAAAACAAGAAACAACAAUGUCCCUCGUCCAUUUUGCAGAGGUGUGCAAGGAGGAGUGCAGAUUCAAUGGUGUGUGCCAGGUGGAGCAUCUAGGCGUGCGCUGCUCCUGCGAGCCUAUCCAGUGCGACGGGACCUACAAGCCACUGUGCGGCAAAGACGGACGCACCUACGUCAACGACUGUGAGCGCCGGCGGGCCGAGUGCCUGGCCAAAGCCCACAUCCCCGUCAAGCAGCAAGGCCCGUGUGGUGAGUCAGGUCCACUAGGAGGGGGGGAAAGUGGAGAAGCCUCUGGUCUUUCUCUCUCUGUCUCCCUCUGGUUGGCUCCUCCUCUCACAGUUUCUGAAACGUCCUCCUGUCCCGUGUAAGUACUGUAUGUGUGUUUGUUCUGUCUGUCUCUUGACUUGUCAGUAGUCUGUGGUGGGAGGGGAGGGGAAAAAGCGAAGAGACAGGAAGUUACCGUGACCACCACGUUUCCCUUCACCCCCCCCCCCCCCCCCCAUCUACCUCAUGCCCGUCAUGCUCCGCCAUCACGUGACACAUGAAACACAACAGCCUUCAUGUUUCAUUCAUGUCCUCCUACCUUCCCGGUAGUGCCAGUCUUCCACUGCAAUGGUUUCUCGCUCUCUCUCUGCACAACACAACUCAAAGUUGUGUCUUGCCUGUCUGUCUCCAUCUGUCUCUCUUUUGUCUGUGUGGCUUCCUUUUUAAACAGGUAUUCUUUCUAUUUCAGUGUGUCUGUCUGUCUUUGUCCAUGUGAUAUCUGCCGCAGUUCGGGACACACCCCUCACUUCAGCAGGGGAGAGUUCAACCUUUGACCUCUGGUGGACACUGACCACUUGGGGGGUCAGAGACUCUCCUCCAAUUGGACUAAACAGGGUGGUUGUCUUCCUCCUCUUUCUCUUCUUCUCUCUCUCUCUCUCUAGUACGUUCUCUCUCCCAACACUCCAAGCUGUCGCUCUUGUCUCUCCUCUGUGCACCCUCCUUGCAGCCCUACUGCGUCUGCGGGGGGAAGAAUGCGUCCGUCCAUGAGGUUGGGGAGCUCCUCUUCUUCCCAGUGCUGUGCUGUGUUGUUUUGUCGUGUCAACCCCUUUCCCAUUCCCCAACCCCCAUUUCCCUCAACCCUCAGCCUAUGAUGGUACCCUCCUACCUUAGCAUGGCAGACCGCAUGUAG